AUGACCAAGGACAGUGACCAUCCACCUCCACCACCUCCUCCACCUUCCACAGAGUAUCACCCUGCUCUCUCCGUCAACAACAUCAAGAACGCCAUUCCGUUGAUUCUUGAUCGGGAAAAAGUUCAGUACUCCAACUGGGUUGAGUUGUUUGAAGUUCACUGUCACGCAUUCAAUGUCCUUGAUCAUAUCGACCCUUCGAUCCCUCGACCGACUGAUAUCUCAAACACAUUGUGGCUUCGUCUGGACUCCAUUGUUAAACAAUGGAUUUAUGGAACGAUUUCUACCGAUCUCCUUACAACCAUCCUUAACAAAGGUGAUUCGGCACUUCAAAUUUGGACUAAACUGAAGGACCUAUUUCAAGAUUACAAGAACACACGAGCCGUUUAUCUUGAGAAUCAAUUUAAUAACCUUCAUCUGUCCAAUUUCUCCGACGUCAACUCCUACUGUCAACAAUUAAAGGUCUUAAAGGAUCAAUUGGCAGCCGUCGACCAGCCGGUUUCGGAGCAAAAAUUGGUCAUUCGCCUUGUCUCUGGAUUGGUGAACACUGACUUUGAUACAGUUGCUACUAUUAUUCAACAAACAGAGCCACUGCCAUCUUUUGAGUCUGCUCGGUCACGUCUUCUUCUUGAGGAGACGAGACGCUCCAAUGACCAAGGUUCAUCAUCCGCGUUAGUAGCUCAACACGCCACCACCUCCACUCAAAACACCACGCCACCGCCACAAAAUCGACCACAACAGUAG